GCGAACGGAGCCUCGGCGGGCGGGCGGCCGCAGCGGAGCGGAGCGGGGCGGUGGGCCGCGCCGGGCGGGCGGGGGCCGCGGCAGCCGCAGCCCCGAACCGAGCCGAGCUGUCCGAGGGGGAGCUGCCCGGCCCGUGCCGCCACUCGUGGCGGGGCGAGGAAAGGCAACAGCAUGGCCAGCGUCCUGUCCCGGCGCCUUGGCAAGCGGUCCCUUCUGGGAGCCCGGGUGUUGGGACCACCUGGGGCUGCCCCACCCUCGGAGCCUCAGGCAGAGCUGCUGGAGGGAGCGGCUCCCCAGCCCUUUGUUGCCUCCAAGGAUGCGUCCUGCCAGGAGCAGCCUAAGGAAGUCCUCAAGGCUCCUGGCACCUCAGGCCUCCAGCUGGUGGCCUUUCACCCCGGGCAGAAGGUUUGUGUGUGGUACGGGGGUCAAGAGUCUACAGGACUGGUGGAGCGGCAUAGUUGGGCAGAGGAUAAGGUGACUGUCUGGCUGUUGGACCAGAAGUUACAGAUCUGCUGCAGAGCGGAGGAGGUGUGGCUGGCCGAGCCGCCGGGCCGCAUCCCCCAGGUGCCACCUCCAGAGCAGGGAACCCAGGCGCCAGCCUACAGGCCUGUGUCCAGGAACAUUGAUGUCCCAAAGAGGAAGUCGGAUGCAGUGGAAAUGGACGAGAUGAUGGCGGCCAUGGUGCUCACGUCCCUGUCCUGCAGCCCUGUCGUACAGAGUCCUCCCGGGGGUGAGGCCAACUUUUCUGCCUCCCGCACGGCCUGCGACCCGUGGAAGGAGAGCGGCGACGUGUCGGACAGCGGCAGCAGCACCACCAGCGGGCACUGGAGUGGGAGCAGCGGCGUCUCCACCCCCUCGCCCCCCCACCCCCAGGCCAGCCCCAAGUACCUGGGGGACGCCUUCGGCUCUCCCCAGACUGAUAAUGGAUUUGAGACCGACCCAGACGCUUUCCUGUUGGAUGAACCAGCUCCCCGAAAAAGAAAGAACUCGGUGAAGGUGAUGUACAAGUGCCUGUGGCCCAGCUGUGGCAAAGUCCUGCGCUCCACCGUGGGCAUCAAACGACACGUGAAAGCCCUCCACCUGGGGGACACCGUGGACUCCGACCAGUUCAAGCGGGAGGAAGAUUUCUACUACACAGAGGUGCAGAUGAAGGGGGAAGCUGCUGCGGCUGGCGGCCCCACCGCCGACCCGGCUCCGACCCCUAGCGUGACCAGCCCGCCCCUCACCAUCCUGCCUCCACCGCCUCCUCCCAAAGCCCAGUCCUCAGGCCCGGAUCACCCUGGCCUGGAGUCUUACCUGCCCUCUGGUGCUCUCAGCAAGUCAGCUCCUGGCUCUUUCUGGCACAUUCAGGCCGACCAUGCAUACCAGGCUCUGCCGCCUUUCCAGAUCCCGGUCUCCCCGCACAUCUACACCAGCAUCAGCUGGGCUGCUGCCCCCUCCAGCACCUCCUCCCUGUCCCCGGUCCGGAGCCGGUCGCUAAGCUUCAGCGAGCCCCAGCAGCCACCCCCUGCCAUGAAGUCUCACCUGAUCGUCACGUCUCCACCUCGGGCCCAGAGCACCACCAGGAAAGCCCGCGGGGAAGCUAAGAAGUGCCGCAAGGUGUACGGCAUUGAGCACCGGGACCAGUGGUGUACCGCCUGCCGCUGGAAGAAGGCCUGCCAGCGCUUCCUGGACUGAACCAUGGCCCCUCCCGGCGGCCUGGGACACAGGCAGAUGGGUCCCAAGCCCACAGCAGAAGCCUAAAAGCUACAGAGUGGACACGGGGAGUUUGGGCUCUAUUGGCUAAGGUUGAAUACUCAAAACAAAUGUUUUAGUUUUUUUUUUUUAAAUAGAAUCAAAAAAAUUAUUUUUUUUUUCCCCUAAAAUAAGAGAGAGCCAAAACUGACCAAGGGUAUUCUGCAGCAAACCAGAGACCAAAGAAAUGACUCCCCCUCCUCUCCUCCCCACAGCCCAUCUCCCUAGGGGAUUAAUGUGUACCGUACGGAAGGAAGGGACAGCUCAUUGUGUUUCCUGCUGAGCUGGUGGAUUCUUUGCUUUCUCCACUCUUUCAGAAGGGACUGUGAGCAACAUGGAUUUACUUUUUUUUUUUUUUUUUUUAGAAAAAAGAUUUCUGGCUGAUGACUCAGAGAACAGGACCUGCUGAGGCUGGGGUGGGAAGACAGGGCUGAUGUGUGAGCUUUUUGAGGUGCAGCCGGCCCCCUUUCUCCACCCAGAUCUAGGAGAAGGGAGAGAUUGUCCUCACCCAGCAGCUUCCAUCAGAAUGCAUGGAAAGCCCUUUUUCUGGUGCCAGCUGCUCCGAUCUGGGGUCCCUCAGGUCAGGUUGCAGCCCAACAGAUACGGUGUGGCCUCUUCUCCAAGCCCAGACGCGUAGGUUUGUAAAAAGACUGUCCCCAGGAAGCUGAGCCAAAAGGCUAAAAAGAAUUCACGUCGUACAGUGUGGCAGAUCGAGACUACCUUGCCCACUCUUUCCUUGAGAAGAGACCAGACGGUAUAAUACUCGGCGAGAGCUCUUCGCUGUUCCCCAAGUGAACCCACACCCACCCCUCCCCACCAGCUCUGGAAGACACCCCCUCAGAAACACUUUGUUUUCACUUACGGUGUAUUCAGGAGCCUCUUUCUGAUUAAAGAUUCCCCCUUUGGCCGAGAGAUCCUGCCCUGAGGUAGGUCCCUCUUCGUCUCAUGGGAACCGGGGAUUUUCCCGUGUUCCUCCAAGGCCAUGGGGCCGGGCUCGUGAAGAGAACAGACAGAAAGGUAGGUGGUAGCUCCUGCCACGGUGAGAGGGCACAGAGCUGUCCCGUGGCGCCACGGGCUCACCUGGCCCUGUGGGGACCGUCUGGUUUUCUUCCUAAGGUGACAGGCAGGACAGGACUCUUCAGGGGGCUUCUGUGGGGUCCAGUCAGUGUGAUGGGGAGGGUCAGUUGGAUGUGGUGUCGUGGUCCCAGACACCUGUUAGGCGUCUUUUCUGGGGAGGUUAGGGGGCCUGAGGAGGUCAUGUGACGGGAACUGGGGUUGAUUUAGCAUCUACUGGAGACCUCAGGAAUGGAGGGGACCCCGGACUGUGUGACCUGAGAGCUGAAUACGUGAAUCCAUUUUUGUUGAGGAGGGACAAGUAGAGGCAGGGGGUUCUGUGCCUGGGCGAGCAGGGCUGGGGGAGGGCACGUUUUUGGCUCAAAGCCUCACCUUUCUGCCGAGUGGGACUGGUCUGGGGGACUCCUCAGGGCCUGCGUCCCAAAUGUCAGGGGCUCAGGGAACUCCACCACGAGGCCAGCUCUCUGGGGCUUGCACAGUGGCAUCCAGCCUUUGGCUGUGAGCAAGGCUGUCCUUCCCGUCCAGGUGGUCUCACCUGGCUGCAGGAACCCGAUAGAUGCCUUUCCAUCUGUGACAGGCAUGUUAGAAACUGGCAGAUGGAAAUAGGGGGUGUGAUGGUGUGAACGGUGAUGGUGACCUGGGUUUGGUGACAGAAGGGAAAGGCACUCUUACACAUGAGUGUCUUUGGUGGUGAUGGGGUAUAUUGUUAUAACUUAGUAAAAAAAAAAAAAAAAAGUAUGUGGAAUUCUGUCCCUUGGUAAAGCUGGAAAUCAGGCCAGCAAGAGGUGCUGGGUUCUUCCUCCCGCUCCUUCAAGCUCCCAGCUUCCCAAAGCUGACUCCCAGCUUCGCGCCCUGUGCACCUGUAGGUCCUACCCGUGUGAGGAGGGGGCCUUUGAGACGGGGGUAGAGGGAGCUCUGCCCAGCAGCGCCUCCCCUUUCCUCCUUACUCAAAGCCUUUGCUGGGUCUCCCCUUUGGAGACCCUAUUUUCAUUUCCUCCUCAGUUUGGACCAUGUAGGUACAACUGGAUAUCAAGAUUUUCUCUAAGUAAGGCAGGCUUGUCAUGUCAGUGCUGCACAGGGCAGAAAAGGAAGAGAGAAGAAAUUGAUGCAACAAUUUCAAAACUGAGGUGGUGUUUUUUUUUUUUUUUUUUUAAUGUUCUGGUGCGGCUUUCCCUGUCAGCCUUUGCUCCGGCCUCCUUCCCGGUGGUGGUGGCCUCCUCCAGCCUCUCUCCUCCCACUGCUCCGUCUGUGGCUGUCAUGCGGGUUCUUGACGUGUGGUCUGUCCCGGGGUUGUCCCUAUUCGUCUCUUCUCAGAGGGCAGGGGGUGGUUUGUGAACUGACCCCACCAUCACGCCUGUUUUCUUCAUCUCUGUAUUUCUCCCAACUUCCUGGCCCAUCCUGGGAGGCAGAACCUGAUGGAAGGUAAGAGGCGACAGGUGCGCUUUGGAAACUAACAGGACGGAUUGGCAAAGCAAGCGUCUUGGGAAACUCUUUACUCCGGGGAUGUUAUGCUUAUUCCCCUUAUUUUGGAAGUACCUUUGGAGUCCGUGGUGCCUGCUUUGAGCAGCCUUAAUGAUACUGAAUCUGCACCCAUGCUUGCGCUUCAGUGCGACGAGAGUCCAGUGACUAGUGCUGGUGUAGCGGUGGAGUCACUGAGUCCUGUCUGACUCUUUGCAACCUCAUGGUAGCCCUGCAGGCUCUUCUUGUUCGUGGGAUUUCCCGGGCAAGAAGACUGGAGUGACUUGCCAUUUCCUGGUGGUCAAGUGAGGUCACAGGUGCAGAACACAAGGACCAACGGGUGAGUAAAAUGGCUUAGAUUUAAUAAUCUGACAUUGAAGCUGGCUGUGAGGGCAAUCCUGUAAUUUCAGAACACAUUCUGAGCAACAUCCACAAUAUUGCAGUUGGCCCGAGGCUAGAUUCUUUGAAGGACAUAAUGGAUUUGGAUGUGGAAACUCUGACUUUUCGGAAGAAAUCUGUCCUGUUACUUUCUGGUCCUCGCAGGUUCUGACUUUACCAGGGGCAAAAAGAAAAAAAAGGAGAGGGAGAUAAAUCCCAUCUGUGAACUUGUCUUUAUUGGCGCCUUUUCCCCCAGCUGUCUUCCAAGUAUUAUUUUUACUGUUAAAAAUUUUUUUAAAAAUGUGAAAUAUAAUGUUUUUACAGCAAUAUGAAAUAUAUUUUAUAAGGAAUAAAAUGGUACAUUGUCUGA